AUGUUGAUAAGCGUUUGUUUUUUUUCUUUGUUGCAAUUAUUUUUUCAAAUGAAAUAUUUUAUGAAUUUGUUACUAACUUUUGAAUUAUUGACUAUUUGUGUUUUCUUAAUAUGUGUGUAUCUAGGUAAUGUUAGUUUUUCGCUUGUGAGUGUAUAUUUUUGUGUACUUAUUUUGUGUUUAGGGGUUUCUGAGUCUGUGAUGGGGCUUGCUAUUUUAGUUAAUUGUUCUCGUUUUAGUGGUAAAAGGACCGUAAAGUCUUUCAGGUUUUUAGGUUUUUAA